CGCUUUCCAUCGAGCUCUCCUCCCUCUCUCUCUCUCUCUCUCUCCCUCCUUCGGCCUCGCGUGUCGAGAUUGGUCACGCUGAGCCAAUCCGCGAUGCCAAUUCGCGAGGAGCAUUGAAGUCUUCCUCCCCUCCUUCGGGCCGUCUCGAGAUCCCUCCCCCCUCGCCGCUCGCAGCAAACCGUGGUCCUCGGUUUCUCAGGGGGGGAGUCAGCGCUGUCGGUGCUCGCGGGGAGCUCGGCCGCUCGAGGAAGGUCGCGCUCGGGGGCUCUUGGGUCGGCGCAAUUCUUCGCUCUUCGCCCGAAGCAGCUGACCCUGUCCACCGUUCGUCCGAAAAGCUGGAACUUUUUCGGCUCUGUUUUGGUUUUGCAUGGUAAGAUGGGAACUACCCGCGAAGUGAGCGUGACGUGAAGGAAGCGUUGGGCGCUGGUUGAGGCUUGGGAGCGAAUAAAGGCGCGACCUUUGGUUGCUUCUUCCACGAGCGAAGUUGAUGUCGAGCUUUACCCGUUCGAGAGAUUGAACAAUCCGACAGUCAAUAUCCCGCACAAUUCUAACACUUUGCAAUGGCAAAGAAGUCACAAAGGCGGCCCAUGCAGCGUGAGAAAAAUCAGGCAAGCUGUAUGUGGGGUCUGAUUAGAAUAUUGGAUUUUCGUUCCUCUAGGAAGCUGCUAACAGAUCAAAGGAGGCAAAAUUGCCUAGUUGCUGGUGCUGCAAACUCAGUAAAUAAACUUAAAUUGUUAAAAAGUUGCGAUGAAGAUUGUACAGGCACACUGGAUUGUGAAGAAGGAAGGGAAAUGAUUGGCGGAGCUGGAAAGACUAGCGUGAAAACACUCAUAGAAAAAGAAAUGGUCGGUGAAGAUGUGAUGACAGGAGUGAGCGAAACUGGAAUUGAGCGCAAAAGAUCUAGUUUAGUACAGGAGAGUCAAAGGAAAAAGAACCGUAGAGGAAGUAAGAGAAGUUUGAAGAAAAGCUGUGAUUUGGACGGGGAUAAUUUUGGGCCCACUGAAGGCUCAGAACUCGAGUGCUCCUGUGGUCAGAACACAUAUCAACUGUUAGCCGCAAACCACAAUGAAAAUGAAAUAGUGGAGGAUCUUUGCCAGCAAAUUAGUCGAAAAAGUAGUGGUUGCAAAAAGUGUGUUGCUUAUGGUAGAGUUAGUGUACAGCUAAACCCAAAGCAUUCAGAUGUUGAGGAAAAUCUGUUUGAGCUGAUAACUGAGUUUCUCAAUAAACAGCUUACUAGUGGGAAGUAUAUCGAUGAGUAUGGGAAUAUUCCAUGCUCCACAGAUGUCAAGAUGCUCCAAUUUUUGACUUCGGCCGAAUUUUCACUUUUAGAUCUUCUACAAGAUCCAAACAAGACAGUAAUGCAGUAUAUUCAGAGGUUGCAAGAUUCUCAUCUGGACUCACUUAAGGAAUUGAACUCAUUGCGAGAGGAAGAUGCAUUGAGCCAGUACGAAGACUCUCUUCAUCAUGAAGAACUCAGCAAGUUCGGAAGAAGAGCCAAGUCUCAGGAAGGGAAGUCUUUGAAUAGGAAUGAGAAAUCUCCACUUUCUAACACGAUUGUUAUCUUGAAGCCUGGGAUGACAGAUCCACUGCAGCUCAAAAGGGGGUGCAACCCACGCUUAUCACCUCAAAUACUGUACACCGCUAAGAGGCAGAGCACAAGAGCAAGUGCCCACUAUUUCAUUAGUGAUAUCAAGAGGAAGUUGAAAAAUAUGGUUGUGAAGGAGCAUCGGGGAAUUACUGUAGAUGGUCCCAAGAAACGGCACCAAAAGGGGCAGCAAAUCUUAGGAAGUGUUGGGGAAAAUGUAGGAAAAUGUUCUGCAAGUAAAGAUCACCUCUAUGUUGAGCUUGCAGGAAUCAAGAGAGAAAAGAGCGAAGAUAAACCAGGAGAUAUUCGAAUGACGACUAAAAGUGAAGCUGCUGAUAACCACCAGCAUAGGUUAUCAAACAUUUAUGUUGAGGCCAAGAAGCAUCUCUUCGAGAUGCUCAACCAUGGGGAUGCAGAUGCAGUUUCUUUGAGCAGACAGUAUCCAGAAACCCUAGGGAGGAUUCUCUCCAAUCCCGAGUUAAACUGUUUUCCGAUAGGUCCUCGAAGGGAUUCAAAGCAUGGCAUCCUAAACCAUCUGCACAGUUCGACACAGAGAACUACGGAGUCAUGCAUUUCCAAGAGUUUCACUAGAGGUGUUCAAACUCUGGAGACUGACCUAAAUAUCUCAGAGAUUGUUCUUUCAAGUGAUAAAGUAAAAACCACCGAUGCCGCUACCAGAGAGGAGAUAAUUUCUGAAGAUAUUUGUGGAGCUACUAGACUGGAAAUCCAGGGAGACUGUGACAUCUUUUGUCCUCCUUCAGACCCAGUCAAAUCACCCAGCAUGUCAGUUGAGUCUAUACCUGAAGAUGAAUGUUCCAAACCCGUGAAAAAGAAAUAUUAUGGGAUGGAGCAGCAGCCACUGUCUUUGUUUUCAUCUCCUCCAAGUGCUUUAACUAUAAAAAAAGUUGAAGAUCUGGAACUUGUCAUUGAUAGAUCGGACCGACCUAGUCCCGUAUCUGUUCUGGAGCCACCAUUCACAGAGUAUGACAUUAGUCCUGCAAGUCCUGCUCCUGUUGAGCUCUCAACAGAGUCUCUACUAGUUGAAUUUGAAGAUGACUUCUCAACCACAGAUAAGGAGAUCUAUUUAAGAAACUUUGAGGUGGAAAAGGAACUAGUUUUCGAAUAUAUAAAGAAAGUACUGGAAGCCUCUAACCUCAACUGUGAUGAUCUCUACUUGAAGUCACAAUCUUCCGACCGUUUAAUUGAACCGUCAGUCUUGGAUAAGGUUGAUUUCUUUGGUGACCACCUUCAUUGUGAUCAGAAGCUUCUCUUCGAUUGCAUCAAUGAGGUUCUCUUGGAGGUUUUUGAGUACUACAACAGUUGCUAUCCCUCCUUCUCUUUUGUGAAACGGAGAAUCAGGCGAAUCCCGGCCAUGAAAUAUGCAGUCCUUGAAGUAUGCAGAGGAGUUCAUUGGCAUCUCCUCCCUCUUCCUCUGCCGCGAUCUUUGGAACAGAUCAUCCAAAAGGACAUGAGUAGAACGGGAACAUGGAUGGACCUGCGCUUCGACACCGAAAAUAUUGGCGUCGAAGUGAGUGAAGCUAUUAUCGCAGAAUUGAUGGACGAGAUCAUGUCAAGCUGUGUAAAUGAGAGUGUUCAAAGAGCAAAUGCCCUCCAGUUGGUGCUGGGCCAUAUGACUAUGGAAGCCUGACCCCACUUUCUCAUAACAAAUAUGAUCAGAUGGCGUUCGUUCUGUUGUGUCCUUCCCAAGAAAGAAGGCUGACUGGUUGCAAUGGCGACUGCAUUCCCGCUAACGCGACAUUUGGUCACGUUCCUACCUACCGACCUUUGCACAUGAGGCAUUUUUACGGUGUUGUUUGAGGCCAAUAGGGUAUUUUUCUGUUGUACAGCUUGUCCAUAUGACUGUUUUCUGCUGCCGCCUUACCUGCUCUUUCCGUUCUACUCUGGUCAAUCUGGAGUCCUCCAGAUUUUAGACCCUGUAGCUGUAAAUAUCAAAGGAAACAGCAGGAGUUGCCGAAUAACAAAAAUGCUAGUGCAAGUUGUUAAUCUU